CAAAAAUCACUUCCCUGUGAGUUCGCUGAGAACUCUGACUUACACCUGUUCAGGAGCCACGCUCAUAUUCUUGAUCUUUCGUUUCUAGAAAGCAGUUCGGGUUCCUGACUUGUCUCUGUCAGUUUCUAAGCAGUGAGGGCCAUGCUGUAUAUAGAGUUGAUCAAGCUGUGGGAUGAGGCCGUGAGAGCGAUAGACGGCCGGGACUGGCAGUGUGCUCUCACUAAACUCAACCAGAUCACAGAACACAACUGUCGCACUAUGUUUGUGGUUGCUUCGACACACAUUGCCCUGGGUCAAGUGGACUCGGCCAUCAAGGCUCUCGACCAGGUAAUCGCAAAGGAUUCGUGUCUUGCUGUGGGAUUUUUCCAGAGGUCUGCCGUUCAUAUGAUGGCAAACAGGCUGGAGGAGGCAUUGGCUGACUGUAUAUGGGCUCAGAAAUAUAUGAGGGAAAACCCUGUUAUUGACUACAAACAGCUGGGCCUUCGCUAUAAAAUGUACAGCUGGCAGGUCCUUUAUAAUGCAGCAGCCGUCCACUCUAGACUGCAGCAAUGGGACAAAGCCAGAGAAAUUUUGACAUCGGCCUCACAGGAGAGAGGAGCGGGCCGAAGCAACUUGAUAGACAUAGCUCUAGAGGCUAUUUCUAGGAGAGAGGUUUUGGAGCCUCUGUUGGUUCCUGAGGGUGAAGUGUUCCGUCCCAGGAAACGGGAUGUAGACCAGGUUAAACCAAGGGACUUCUUGGGCGAAGCUAAGGUCAUCACUUCUUUGAUUCCCAAUGAUGACUUUAGAGGUUUUGAUCCUCUCAGGCCACAGAAACCAGGCUACUAUGAGCCGAAGGUAGAAGAUGGCCAGGAAUCUCGUUACAUGAAAAUGAAGAGUGCAUAUGUGGCAAAAGGGGCAGGGGAGCUCACGGUGCCCGCAGGAGCAGAAGUGUUUUUGUACAGUGAUGAUGACAAAGACGGACUGGCGGUCAUUAUUUAUGAUGGGAAGAGAGGUCUGGUCCCCAAUUUCCUUCUUGAACCGAUGGGCAUCAAAAACAAGGGAAAAAACAAGCGAAUCGAACUCGCCAAUGGCAUCCCGCAUCCACCAGCCCUAAAACCUCCAAACCGACCCCAAGCUCCAUCUCAACGUUCAUUAGAGCUGCAGCCCUCCUGUGCCGAUGCUACCCACACAACUCCUCCUACAACCGGCAGCUCCACCCGCGUCCCCACACAGCAGGCCCAAACUUCACCUCAGGAGUCUGGAUCAGUCAUAGUGAAGGUGCGCUAUACAUACACCAUGGCUCUGAGAGUCCCUUCAGAAACUUCUUUCCGGGAUCUGCAAGACAAAAUCGCUGAGAAAUUAGGACAGCCAGCAAUGAACGUUCGCCUCAGACACAGAACGAAUGGCACCAGAGCCCUAACACCACUGAAUGGUGAUGAUAGGCUGGAUAGCCUGGAGGGUGUGGCUGAAUGCGGUCGUGCCCAAAUUUGGUGUCAGAACGAGGACCCUCUGGCCAACAGGACUAUUCUCUAUCAGAUGGUGGCACUGUACGACUACAAUGCACAAGGCCCGGAGGAUUUGGAAUUCAGUGAAGGCGACACAAUUGACAUUCUCAGUAAAGUGAACGAUGAGUGGUUAGAAGGACACGUCGCUGGAAAUAUUGGCAUCUUCCCUCAAAGUUUUGCUCAUCAGGAUACAGACAGCAUCAGUGGGAAUUCAACAGAUUGACACAGCCUCUAAACAUCAACAGUGGCUGUAUUAGCCUUCAGUGAAUAAGAACUUUCUCAUGUGCAGCGACAGUCUUGAGGGGUCCAUCUGUUAAAAAUCUCAGUAUUUACUAAGUUUUUAGCAUACACUUGAAAAACAUGAAAUCAGAAUAAUUACUGCUCUCCAUACUUUUUCCCUUUUCAAAGGUGAAUUGUCCAUAAUAACAUUUUCCUUUAUUUAUCUUUCAA